AUGGGCAACCAGCAAUCGAGCGGCAAGGACAAGAAGGGCGAGAAGGGCGGUGCUGACGGCGUGCCCCUCGGUCGCGAGUACUACCGCUCCUUCGAGAGAUCGGACACCAAAGACUCUACGCGCUCACUACGCAACUCACUACGGAACAAAAUACCAGGGACCGGCAAAUCCGACAGCCCGCGCAACUCAGUCGCUGGUCUUAACGAUGUCAACGGCAAAGCUGACAAGUCAGAUGCAGCUUCCACCAAGUCGAGAGGUUCGCGGCGGGGCUCCGUCGCUUCAGCUUCAGCAACCGUGCCACCAGAUGCGUCUCCAGAUGUUGCUGAUAAGGCUGAUCAAGAUCAAGACGAAGACGAACCGCAAGCGCCGCCUUCGCCUGUCCACGGUGCAACUCUCGGAACAGGACAUGAAGGCGUGAGCAAGGCUCAGCGAACCGGUGAAGUCGACCACGUCUCUGACGUCCCUCCAACAGGAGCAGCACAGCCUUUGGCCUCUGCUCAGCCGGGAGAGUCAAUUCUGCAGAGGAAGGACCAGCCAAUACCUAGACUCCCAGAGCCCCCCGCGCCCACUGACGGUUCGGGCUCUCCCAUGGAGCUCACCGCGCUCAAGACCAUGGAUCUCGACGAUAUGAUUCAGCGACUCUUGGACGCAGCUUAUGCCGGAAAGGUCACAAAGACAGUCAGCCUAAAGAACGCUGAGAUAUUCGCAAUCUGCUCGGCCGCUCGAGAAGUCUUUCUCAGUCAGCCCGCGCUGCUUGAGCUCGCUCCACCUGUCAAGAUCGUCGGCGACAUCCACGGACAGUACACUGAUUUGAUCCGCAUGUUCGAGAUGUGCGGAUUCCCACCAAAUUCCAACUACCUAUUCCUAGGCGACUAUGUAGAUCGCGGCAAGCAAAGCUUGGAAACCAUCCUACUCCUUCUCUGCUACAAGCUCAAGUUCCCCGAGAACUUCUUCCUCCUACGCGGCAACCACGAAUGCGCAAACGUUACACGUGUAUACGGUUUCUACGACGAAUGCAAGAGGAGAUGCAAUAUCAAAGUCUGGAAGGCUUUUGUGGAUACAUUCAAUACACUCCCUAUCGCGGCUAUUGUUGCGCAGAAGAUUUUCUGUGUGCAUGGUGGAUUGUCCCCAAGUUUGUCACACAUGGAUGAUAUCAGGCAAAUUGCGCGACCCACCGACGUGCCCGACUACGGCUUAUUGAACGAUCUGCUAUGGAGUGAUCCUGCGGAUAUGGAGAAUGACUGGGAGUCCAAUGAGAGAGGCGUCAGUUAUUGCUUUGGAAAGAAGGUCAUCAUGGAGUUCUUGGCAAGACACGACUUUGACCUUGUUUGCAGAGCUCACAUGGUGGUAGAGGAUGGUUAUGAGUUCUUUACUGAUCGAGUGUUGGUCACUGUAUUCUCAGCACCAAAUUACUGCGGCGAGUUCGACAACUGGGGCGCCGUUAUGUCAGUCUCAGGAGAAUUAUUAUGCAGUUUCGAGCUUCUCAAACCCCUCGACUCGAGUGCACUCAAGAGCCAUAUCAAGAAGAGCCGAAACAAGCGUCAAAGCAUGCUCAACUCACCAGAUGCCGACGGUUUCCCUUUCCCUGAAUCGCCAAUUAUCGCAAAAACGGCAACCAUACCACAAGAACAAAACUUUCAAGAGUCUGUAGAUGCUGUUACUACGAUGAUGGCGAUGACAAUGACGGAUGAACCGGUGAGGCGAGGUCUGUCCCAAAAACUGCGACGCGUGCGAAGGAAGCCGGGGUUGGAACAACUGGGCAGUCAAGAUGAUGGUGCUGCCAUAACAGCUCCUCACAAACAAGGACACAACAGAGCAAACACAUGGGCAAACGAAUGGCGACAGGCUGUUACAUUGCCCACGAGCCUGAGCGAGCCACAGCUUUUGCGGCGUGCACAAGGAUACAUCGCAGACGCUCCGAACACGGAAAGACGGAAGCAGAAGCUUGGAGAGCAACGGACGUUGUGGGAGUCGACUUUGCCUAAGACUCCAUCGGAUCGUAUGGGCUACUUCUCAACCGGGCAUCAUCUCGACCAUGUGCACCCUGAUGAGACGCCGCCGCUGUGA